GGUAUGCAAUCUGCUUGCUUGUGUCCCUGUAUCUUCACCUGCAUCUGAAAAUCCACCUCUUUUCUCUUCCGUCUCGACCCCGAUCUCGUUCUGCCAUGGCUCCUCCAAUCCAAGCCCGUCGGUCUCCAUCUCCUUCGCAACCCUCCGGCAAAGGUGAAGUCUCUGAUCUGAAGGUCCAGCUCCGGGCCCUUGCUGGGACUCGCUCCCCGGGAACGGACGACUCAAAGCGGGAUCUCUUCAAGAAGGUCAUCUCCUACAUGACUGUUGGUAUCGAUGUCUCAUCCGUCUUCAGUGAGAUGGUCAUGUGCUCCGCCACGACCGACGUCGUCCUCAAGAAGAUGUGUUAUCUCUAUGUUGGAAACUAUGCCAAAUGCAAUCCCGAUCUUGCCCUACUCACCAUCAAUUUCCUUCAGAAGGAUUGCCGUGAUGAGGACCCAAUGAUCCGAGGGUUGGCGUUGAGGAGCUUGUGCUCGCUGAGGGUGGAGAAUCUGGUGGAAUACCUGGUGGGCCCGCUGGGGUCCGGCUUGCAGGACGGGAACAGUUAUGUGAGGAUGGUGGCCACCAUGGGGAUUUUGAAGCUGUAUCAUAUAUCAGCGACGACGUGCAUGGACUCAGAUUUUCCUGCAGCGCUUAAGGCACUCAUGCUUAAUGAUCCCGAUGCGCAGGUGGUUGCAAACUGUUUAUCCUCGUUGCAAGAGAUCUGGAACUCAGAAGCUAGUACUUCUGAGGAAGCAUCACGGGAGAGAGAAGCCUUGCUUAGCAAGCCCGUAAUAUAUUAUCUUUUGAACCGGAUUAGGGACUUCAGUGAAUGGGCUCAGUGUCUUGUACUUGACUUGGUCUCCAGAUAUAUCCCCUCAGAUAGCAAUGAGAUAUUUGACAUGAUGAAUCUCCUUGAGGAUAGGCUUCAGCAUGCGAAUGGUGCUGUUGUUUUAGCAACAACCAAGGUGUUUCUACAUUUGACAAUGUCCAUGACUGAUGUCCAUCAACAGGUAUAUGAACGUAUCAAAGCACCUUUACUCACCUUAGUGAGCACUGGAAGUCCAGAACAAUCUUAUGCAGUUCUGAGCCACCUGCAUCUCUUGGUGAUGCGUGCCCCAAUGCUGUUUUCGUCAGAUUACAAACAUUUUUAUUGCCAGUACAGUCAACCAUCUUAUGUUAAGAAACUGAAACUCGAGAUGUUGACAGCUGUGGCGAAUGAGAGCAAUACCUAUGAAAUUGUGACGGAAUUAUGUGAAUAUGCUGCAAAUGUUGAUGUGCCGAUUGCAAGAGAAUCCAUUCGAGCUGUCGGAAAGAUAGCACUGCAGCAGUAUGAUGUGAAUGCAAUUGUUGACAGGCUUCUUCAGUUCCUAGAGAUGGAAAAGGAUUAUGUGACUGCUGAAACUCUGGUUCUUGUGAAAGAUCUUCUGAGGAAAUAUCCUCAAUGGAGUCAUGAUUGUAUUGCCGUUGUUGGGAAUAUUAGCAGCAAAAAUGUUCAAGAACCCAAAGCAAAAGCGGCUCUCAUAUGGAUGUUGGGCGAGUAUUCUCAGGACAUGCUCGAUGCUCCUUAUAUUCUGGAAAGCCUUAUAGAAAACUGGGAGGAGGAGCAUUCUGCAGAGGUCCGUCUACAUCUUCUCACUGCAGCAUUGAAGUGUUUUUUCAGAAGGCCACCUGAGACUCAAAAGGGCUUGGGAGCUGCAUUGGCUGCUGGUCUUGCUGAUUCUCACCAGGAUGUUCAUGAUAGAGCCUUGUUCUACUACAGGCUUUUACAAUACGAUGUAGCCGUAGCAGAACGUGUUGUUGACCCUCCCAAGCAAGCAGUUUCAGUCUUUGCUGAUACACAGAGCAGUGAAGUCAAAGAUCGCAUAUUUGAUGAAUUUAACAGCCUCUCUGUUGUAUAUCAGAAGCCCUCUUACAUGUUUACUGACAAGGAACACCGUGGUCCGUUUGAAUUUUCGGAAGAACUUGGAGGUUUGUCGGUAGGAGCCGAAUCCGAAGUUAACGUAAUCCAAGCUCAAAGAUUUGAAGCAAAUGACAACGAUCUGCUGUUAGGCACAUCUGAGAAGGAAGAAAUUAGAGUUCCUAGCAAUAACGGUUCUGCAUACAGUGCUCCUGACUUUGAUGCUUCUUCUGCAUCUCUGGCCACUAUGCAGACGCCAUCUCAAACAGCAUAUUCAAGCUCCACUUUACUGACUUACGCACCACAAACCAGCUCAGGCAUUGAUGAUCUACUGGGUUUGGGUCUACCUGCUCCUGCUGCCCCUUCGCUGCCUCUGUUGAAGCUUAAUGCAAAACCAGUCCUCGAUCCAAGCUCUUUUCAGAGGAAAUGGGGCCAACUGCCAAUAUCUUUGUCACAGGACGGCUCCAUAAGCCCUCUAGGAGUUGCAGCUUUGACAACACCUCAAGUCCUGCUCCGGCACAUGCAAGGCCACUCCAUCCAGUGCAUCGCCUCGGGGGGUCAAGCCCCAAACUUCAAGUUCUUCUUCUUCGCACAGAAGGCGGACGAUUCAGCUUCAUUCUUCCUCGUGGAAUGUCUCAUCAACACGUCUUUGGGCAAGGCACAGAUAAAGGUCAAAGCCGACGAUGGGAAUGCGUCUGAGGCUUUCACUGCUUUGUUCAGAUCAGCGUUAUCUGAAUUCGGUACAUCUUGAUUGUUCUUAUACCCUUGUGGGGAUUUGGUGAGAGAAUAGCCGAUGCUUGUUGUCUCGAUUCCCUUUUUCCAUGCGUCUGCUUGAUGUUACGGCCCUCUUCUCUUGAAUGGAAAUUACUGAUCCUGUUUUACCACAAAGGGACAAGUAGAAAGAAUGUAUGGUCAUUUUUGUAUUUUUUCUUAAAUGGAGCUAUUGUAUUUAAAAAAAGAAAAAAAGAAAAAGAAAUUACCUAUGUAGAUUGAGCAGGUAGGGGAAAAUAAAUAAAUAGACGCUAGUGCUUGCAUU